AUGCACACGCUUCACAUUCUGCUCAAUGGUAAAUGGGAUCCUAUCUCGCUACUUGAUGACAACGACCUCUGGAUAUCUUCGCAAAGUUUCGUCGAUGCAACUGGUCAUGCGGUAUCAGCCGCCGAAGCAUUGAAUGAGAUUUUGGAAUACGAUCCGGACCUGAGCUUCAUGCCGUUUUUCUUCGGCAUUUACCUCUUGCAAGGGAGUUUCCUGCUACUGCUCAUAGCCGACAAGCUGCAAGGAGAUGCAAGUCCGAACAUCGUGCGAGCAUGCGAAGUGAUAGUACGCGCGCAUGAAGCAUGCAUCGUCACCCUCAAUACCGAAUAUCAGCGAAAUUUCCGCAAAGUCAUGCGAUCUGCUUUGCAGCAAGUGCGCGGCCGCGGCAUGGACGAACACGCCCAACUUGCGCAACAGCGUCGGCGCGAAAUGUUGAGUCUCUAUCGUUGGAGCGGCGACGGCACAGGGCUCGCACUCUGA